GCCUCCCCGCCCCGCCCGGCCCGGCCCGGCCCGGCCCUGCCCCGCACCGCGCCGCGGCAUGAUCGCGCUCCCGCCCGGCCGCCGCCCGUGACCCCGCGCCCCCCGCCCGGACGCCUAUCAGGACGAUGAUUCCCGUGACCGAGUUUCGCCAGUUCUCGGAGCAGCAGCCGGCGUUCAGGGUGCUGAAGCCCUGGUGGGAUGUGUUCACCGACUAUCUCUCCGUCGCCAUGCUGAUGAUCGGUGUGUUUGGGUGCACGUUACAGGUCAUGCAAGACAAGAUAAUAUGCCUUCCAAAGCGCGUACAGCCUUGCCAGAACCAAUCAAAUAGUUCAAAUGUGUUUAACACCAUCCCAGAUACAACCCCCCUUCCUCCACCCAAGCCAUCCACCCCUCCAGCUACAGUUGAAAUGAAAGGACUGAAGACGGAUUUGGACCUUCAGCAGUACAGCUUUAUAAAUCAGGUGUGCUAUGAACGUGCCCUGCACUGGUAUGCCAAGUACUUCCCUUACCUUGUCCUCAUACACACCCUGGUCUUCAUGCUGUGUAGUAACUUUUGGUUCAAAUUCCCCGGAUCAAGCUCCAAAAUUGAACACUUCAUUUCAAUCCUCGGGAAAUGUUUUGAUUCUCCCUGGACAACAAGAGCCUUAUCCGAAGUGUCAGGGGAAGACUCUGAAGAGAAGGAUAACAGGAAGAACAACAUAAACAAGUCUAAUACUACCCAGCCAAACACUGAAGGCACUUUGGUCAAAACACAGUCUUUGAAAUCAAUCCCUGAGAAGUUAGUUGUGGAUAAAGGAACACCUGGGGCAUUAGAUAAGAAAGAAGGUGAACAGGCCAAAGCACUGUUUGAAAAGGUGAAGAAAUUCAGACUGCACGUUGAGGAGGGUGAUAUACUCUAUGUCAUGUACGUUCGCCAAACUGUGCUUAAGGUAAUUAAGUUCCUUAUUAUUAUUGCUUACAACACGGCACUGGUCUCAGAAGUUAAUUUUACAGUAGUAUGUAACGUUGAUAUAGAAGACAUGACAGGAUAUAAGAAUUUUUGCUGUAAUCACACAAUGGCACAUCUAUUCUCCAAACUUUCCUACUGCUACCUGUGCUUUGUAAGCAUCUAUGGCCUCACAUGCCUUUACACACUAUACUGGUUAUUCUAUCGUUCACUGAAAGAAUAUUCUUUUGAAUAUGUUCGGCAAGAGACGGGAAUUGAUGAUAUCCCGGACGUCAAGAAUGACUUUGCUUUUAUGCUUCAUAUGAUCGAUCAAUAUGAUCCUCUGUAUUCCAAGAGAUUUGCUGUCUUCCUGUCUGAAGUCAGUGAAAAUAAGCUGAAACAGCUGAACCUAAACAAUGAGUGGACCGCAGAUAAACUGCGACAGAGGCUACAGACGAACUCCCAUAACCAUUUGGAGCUACAGCUUUUCAUGCUGUCUGGACUACCAGACACAGUUUUUGAAAUCACUGAGCUGCAAUCUUUAAAACUUGAAAUAAUUAAUAAUGUAAUGAUACCAGCAACCAUUGCACAGUUGGACAAUCUCCAGGAGCUCUCGUUGCACCAGUGCUCUGUGAAGAUCCACAGUGCCGCCUUGGCAUUUCUGAAGGAGAAUCUCAAGAUCUUGAGUGUCAAGUUUGAUGACAUCAGAGAACUUCCACACUGGAUGUAUGGCCUCAGAAAUUUGGAAGAGCUCUAUUUAAUUGGCUCCCUAAGUCACGAUAUUUCCAAAAACAUUACACUGGAGUCUUUUCGGGAACUUAAAAGCCUUAAAGUUCUUUACAUAAAAAGUAAUUUGUCCAAAAUCCCACAAUCUGCAGUCGAUGUUUCAAGUCACCUGCAAAAAUUGUGCAUCUAUAAUGAUGGCACUAAGUUAGUGAUGCUCAACAACCUGAAGAAGAUGGUCAACCUGACACAGCUGGAGUUGGUUCAUUGUGACUUAGAGCGCAUUCCUCAUGCAGUCUUCAGCCUUCUCAGUCUUCAGGAAUUGGAUUUAAAAGAAAAUAACCUCAAAUCCAUUGAAGAAAUAGUAAGUUUUCAACAUCUGCGAAAACUGACAAUCCUAAAGCUGUGGUACAACAGUAUAACAUACAUCCCAGAGCAUAUAAAGAAACUCACGAGUCUCGAGCGGCUUUCCUUCAGCCAUAACAAAAUAGAGGUUCUUCCAUCCCACCUAUUCCUAUGCAACAAAAUCAGAUAUUUGGAUUUGUCUUACAAUGACAUUCGCUUCAUCCCACCCGAAAUCGGAGUUCUGCAGAGUUUACAGUACUUUUCCAUUACUUGCAACAAAGUGGAGAGCGUGCCAGAUGAACUAUACUUUUGCAAAAAACUUAAGACUCUGAAAAUUGGGAAAAAUAACUUGUCGGUCCUUUCACCUAAAAUUGGUAAUUUGGUAUUCCUCUCCUACUUGGAUAUUAAAGGCAAUCACUUUGAAAUCCUCCCACCUGAGCUCGGUGAAUGUAGAGCUCUGAAGCAGGCUGCUUUCAUUGUAGAGGACACCUUGUUUGAAACGUUGCCUUCUGAUGUCAGGGAACAAAUGAAAGCUGAAUAACUAACUUCCUGUUGCACAGUUUUACAGGAAUAACUCUUCUACCAAAUACGCUGUGGAAAGUGCGUACUCUGAAUAUGCAUUUAGUUUGUCGUUAUUUUUUUUUCUUUUUCAAACCAAUCCUUUCUGUACAAACAAAUUUGGAAUAAGGAGUACAUAUAUUUUUAAAUAAAAUUUUCCCGUAUUUUUUCACUGUUUUAAGAUAUUUUUAAGUUUGUUUUGCCCUGAGAACAAGGGUGUCUGUAACUUUAUUUUUACCGGUAAAAGUAAAUGGUUUUAUCUGCUGAUUUUUUUUUUUCCCCUUUGUCUAAACCCAACAGGGGAACUGUGUUUAAGCUCUGUGCUUUGGGUUGCGUAGUUUGUAACAGGUGAUUGAUUAUAUUGUCUUCCUAGUUAUUGUUAAUCCCUUAGGAUGUGGUCUUCAACGGGUGGUGCUGCAGGUGUUGAAUGCCCUGUUUCCUCCUUUCUUCAGUGGCAGGUGGUCUUCAACAUCUAACAAGAUCAAACCGGGGUUGACCAUCCUUUUUUAUUUAUGACAUGGUUUUCUCAGAUGGUUAAAGCAAGUAGAAAAGGUUCUUUCUGUAUUUUAAUGGGUCUGAGGGGACAUGCAGAACUCCCUCAGCCCCUUUUGGCAAGUUUAGUCUAGCUCUCCGUUCACACACCACGCCAAGCAGGAGGCACUGACUGCGAUUUCCUCUCUGGUGCAGGAAGAGUAAGGUCACAGUUCACAGAGGAGUCAGGACCAAAGUGAGUCACGUCGAAGAUUUUCCAAACAGUGCAAAGGGAUGCGGCUGCCCAUUUCCUGCUAACUUGAAUGGAAGGGGUGCAAUGAACUCACGGUGUUGGAAAUGUCAACCCAGCGAGAUGAAACACUACCUUGAAAAAUCCCCUACCCGUCCUCCACUAAACACCCUGUCCUGCAAGGGGGCAAGUGCCCUCUGCCCCCCUCACUUCACUUGCUCACCGGGAUACUUGGCACCUUGCAGGAAUGGGAUCCAGAAAAAGUGCAAUCCUGUUUAGUUUGUAAAGCUUCUGACAAGGAAAUAGCAUCUAAUACUCUCCUUAAUUGACCUUGGGUACCAUAUGACCAACCUCAGCAUAGGAACAGUUGCAGAUUUGCAAAAAUGAGAUUAAAUGAAUACAUUAACUUCUCAAAAGUCUCAACCUGUCAGAGGACAGUGAUGAAGGCGGUUUUCGUCUCCCAGCUAGUAAUUAAGUUGGAAAUCAUACAGUUGGAAGUCUGCCGCUUUUCAAAACAAUGUAAUAAUCUGUAAUGAUUACGCAUCAGGUUGGGAACUUUAUCCUCUGAAGCCAUAUUCAGUUGUUUAUUUAAUCCAGCCGUUUGCUUUCUUUUAGGCAAGUUUGGCAGGUAUAUGAUAACUCAUGUGCUCCUCAUAAGCUAAUUUAAGCUAAUCAAAAAUAACCAUGUCACAGAAUCACAGAACUGUAGGGGUUGGAAGGGGCCUCUGGAGAUCAUCUAGUCCAACCUCCCUGCGAGAGCAGGGUCACCUAGAGGAGGCUGGACAGGAACGCAUCCAGGCGGGUUUUGAAUAUCUCCAGAGUUGGAGACUCCACCACCUCUCUGGGCAGCCUGUUCCAGUGCUCUGCCACCCUCAAAGUAUAGAAGUUUUUCCUCAUGUUGAGAUGGAAUUUCCUGUGUUCCAGCUCGUGUCUGUUGCCCCUUGUCCUGUUACCAGGCGCCACUGAAAAGAGUCUGGCCCCAUCCUCUUGACACUUGCCCUUUAGAUAUUUAUAAGCAUUGAAAAGAUCCCCUCUCAGUCUUCUCCAGGCUAAACAGACCCAGGCCUCUCAGCCUUUCCUCAUAAGAGAGAUGCUGCAGUCCCUUGAUCAUCUUUCUUUGUAGCCCUCCGCUGGACUCUCUCCAGCAGUUCCCUGUCCUUCUUGAACCGGGGAGUGCAGAACUGGACACAGUGUUCCAGGUGCGGCCUCACGAGGACAGAGUAGAGGGGGAGGAUGACCUCCCUCGACCUGCUGGCCACACUCUUUUUAAUGCACCCCAGGAGACCAUUGGCCUUCUUGGCCACGGGCACAUUGCUGCCACAUGUGCAACUUCUCAUCCACCGGGAUUCCCAGGUCCCUCUCUGCAGAGCUGCUCUCCAGCAGGUCAGCCCCUAACCUUUACCAGUGUAUGGGGUUGUUCCUCCCCAGAUGCAGGACCCUACACUUGCCCUUGUUGAAUUUCAUUAGGUUCCUCUUCACCCAACUCUCCAGCCUGUCCAGGUCUCUCUGUAUGGCAGCACAGCCUUUUGGUGUGUCAGCCAUUCCUCCCAGCUUUGUGUCAUCGGCAAACUUGCUGAGGGUACACUCUAUCCCUUCAUCCAAGUCAUUGAUUGAACAAGAGCGGACCCAGUACUGAACCCUGGGGAACACCACUAGUUACAGGCCUCCAGCUGGACUCUGUGCCACUGAUCACAGCACUCUGAGCUCUGCCAUUCAGCCAGUUCUUCAUCCACCUCUCUGUCCAAUCAUCUAACCCACACUUCCUAAGCUUACCUUUGAGGAUGUUAUGGGAGACAGUGUCAAAAGCCUUGCUGAAGUCAAGGUAAAUAACAUCCACUGCUCUCCCCUCAUCCACCCAGCCAGUCAUUCCAUUGUAGAAGGCGAUCAGAUUGGUCAAGCAUGAUUUCCCCUUGGUAAAUCCAUGCUGACCACUCCCGAUGACCUUUUUUUCAUCUGUAUUCUUAGAGAUGAUAUCCAGGAUGAGCUGUUCCACCACCUUGCGAGGGAUGGAGGUGAGGCUGACCAGCCUGUAGUUUCCUGGGUCCUCCUUGCCAUUUUUGGAGACUGGCAUUAGCUUUCCUCCAGUCCUCAGGCACCUCUGAGGUGCCAUAUGAUAGUAGAAUAUUUUGCCGGGAGAUCUCUUCAUCCUGUCCAACAACACACUUGAAUCAGAUGCAGCCACUGGGUAAAUGCUUUGCAAGAAUAUCUAGGAAUAAGUACUUCUUUCUCCAGGAGGCAGUGCUGUUUAUAAAUUGCAGAGGAUGAGUUGCUCAUUGUUUAAAGUUACAUAAAAUAAUUGUCUGAUGGUUGUCAGGUUGGUUGCUCUUAAAUGUUUUCAAACUGCCGUUGCGUGUCUUGAGUUAAUCUGAGUUCUUGAGCUUGGUACAAAAGCAUACUGUUGUUUUAAGAGUUUGACUUAGUAAGUGAGUUUGACGAACUAAAAUGAGUUUCCUCAUGAAUCCAGGGUGUGCUGUGCAAUCUGGUAUGUGGGCUUGCCACAGUACCAAGUCAGACUUAUUUUUUGCGCUUGGCUGUGUUCUGGAGAAGAUCCAUGUGAUUAAUCAAAAAUGGGUCAGGCAUGAAGGAAUCAAAGCAAGCUUUUUUAAAGGGGUCUUAGUUCUAUUAAAGACCUAUAACUUAUGUAGCUAUUGUGAGAGCUACUCUUGUGUAUGGAAUGCACUUAUUGGAACAACUUGGCAGUAUAUAUAUUCUAAAUGUAUUUCACUUUGAUGUAACGUGAGGGAGAGAAAUGUUUCAUUGCUCAUUUUAGCCUAAUUAUAUAAACCAAAGUGCUGUUGUCCCUGAUGAAUGUAAACUGUUUAAAAUGUCGGUGUAAUCGGUGGAGCUGUAUAGUUCUCUUACUUAGAUUCGAAAUACGGGAUUACAUUUAAAGUUUUUUAAAAAAAUCUUUAUAUUCCUAGAUGUAGCAUUUUAAAUCCCUAAUUUAUUUUGUGUCUAAUGUUGUUUUUCAUGUGUAGUUUGUGGUCUGUUUUCUGAAUGGAAGUUAUGCACACCUCGUAACUGAAGGUUGGAGACUUGUUCUAGGCCAUUUUUGUAAAUACAUCACUUAGGGGAUGUGGGGUUUUUGUUUGUUACUGAUUAUACUUAUACCAGUGCAACCCCUCAUGUGGACACAGUUACAUGAGUAUAAAGUGCCUUGUGCUGGUAUAUCUUUAUUCACCUUCUAGAUAGGAAUAAACUAUACCGGUCUAAGCACUUUCGCACUAAUAACUGUAUCUUCUCCAAGGGUUUGUUCUGCUGAGACAGCUUAGUCAAUCCAACAGCUCACUGCCACCAAAAAGGGGCAGUUACCUCCUCCUCCCAUGCUCCCUAUUCCUGCCGACAUAUUCCAGCUGCUGCUUCGUUCGUACCUUUACUGGUCUGGUGCUGGUCUGAUCCCUCCAGAGGACAAAUCAACUUUUUAAGCCGGCAGAAAACUAAGCCAGUUAAAAAAAGGGGCUAAUUUCCUGCUGGAUGAGCUCUCCAAAGGAUCGGACGAGCACUAGGGUGGGAGUGGCAAGGGGACAGGACUCUGCAGCCAGGGUCUGGGCAAGGAGAAGGUGGGACAAGUCACUUUGGAGGUGCUGAGCUGCUCGGUCAGUUCAUCACCUUGCUGAGCCAUGUGCUUGGAGAGCUGUGCUGUUUUAUCUAUAGCAGGGUUAGGCAGCAUGGCUUCUGUGGGUAGGCAACCCUCAGGCUCGCAGUGAAUGAUAAAGUAUCGCAUUACUGUUAAUUGCUUAAACUUAAUGAAACAAACUCAGGUAGCUGCACUGUUGACUUUUCUAAACUUCUUACUGUCUGGUCUAUGGGGUGUAUUUUCCAAAACCAUAUUACAGUAUUUUAGAAACGCGUCAGCUAAGAGAAGGUUGUUUCCUAAUUCUGUAUGACAUCCAGGAAAAUAUGUAAAAGUGCCAUAUUUACUCAGUGAUUCAUGUACUGCUCAUAUGUAUAUUCACAUGCAAUGCAUACUAGACUUUUCCGUGACCUAUAGUAUUUGACUUACAAUGGAUGGGCAUUUUGUGGAUAAUACUUUAGGCAUGGUUUGUAUGAGUUUAUAUAACUACUUACAUUAAACAGGUGCCUAACAAGCAAGACAAUUCCAGAAUAUAAGCAAGGCAUUUUACAUUAUCGCUCAAAAAUAAUACAAAUCUUCCUUGGUAACAGAAGCAGAGAUGACAAAGAGGGCGUUAAAAAUAAGAAGACAACAUUAAUAGUACCUUAAGCCUGAAAAGCAAAUCUGCUUUGUGAUGAAAAUCCGGAGAUGUGCAUCUCCCCCUUUGUCAAAAUUAGGAUGGAUAUUUGUGCUGACCUUGUGCAUCUAGCCAGACCAGCAACUUUUGCAAAUUCUGAUUGGAAAGCGCCCGCUCCAAGUCUCAUAUCACAUUUCUGGCAUUUCCACUAAUUCAUGUGCUUAAGUGGUGACAAGUCCUAUAAGGAAAGAUACCAAGGAAAAACUUUGAAAUUUGACCAAAUGGACAAACUUCUUAAUUCUGUAGCAAGAAUCUUAAUAUGAUAAUAGACCUGCAUAGUGUUACGUUGCAAUAUAGUACACCCAGAAAAAAUGGAAAUAAAAUGUUCUUUUGUAAUAAUGAA